GGCGCUCAGCUAGCAGCCCAUCAGCCCCCGAGACCGGCGUGGCCAUCUGCAGCGUCGCCAUGUCUUCGGUGUUCGGCAAGCCCCGAGCGGGCAGCGGGCCGCACAGCAUGCCCCUCGAAGUCAACCUGGCCAUCCUGGGGCGCCGCGGGGCAGGCAAGUCUGCCCUGACUGUGAAGUUUCUCACCAAGAGGUUUAUCAGCGAAUAUGACCCCAAUUUGGAGGACACUUACAGUUCUGAGGAGACUGUGGACCACCAACCUGUCCAUCUGAGGGUCAUGGACACUGCAGACCUGGACACCCCCAGAAACUGUGAGCGAUAUCUGAACUGGGCCCAUGCUUUCCUGGUAGUGUAUAGUGUCGAUAGUCGCCAGAGUUUCGAGGGCAGCAGCAGCUACCUGGAGUUGCUGGCCUUACAUGCCAAAGAGACACAGCGUGGCUACCCUGCCCUGCUGCUGGGCAACAAGCUGGAUAUGGCCCAGUACAGGCAGGUCACCAAGGCUGAGGGUGCGGCUCUGGCAGGCAGGUUCGGGUGCCUGUUUUUUGAGGUCUCUGCCUGCCUGGACUUUGAGCAUGUGCAGCAUGUCUUCCAUGAGGCAGUGCGGGAGGUGCGUCGGGAGCUGGAGAAGAGCCCCGUGGCCCGGCCCCUCUUCAUCUCUGAGGAGAAAGCCCUAUCUCACCAGACCCCGCUCACAGCCCGACACGGGCUGGCUAGCUGCACUUUCAAUACUCUGUCUACUGUCAGCCUGAAGGAGAUGCCCACUGUGGCCCAGGCCAAGCUGGUCACUGUGAAGUCAUCCCGUGCCCAGAGCAAGCGAAAGGCACCCACCUUAACCCUACUGAAGGGCUUCAAGAUCUUCUGAGGACCCUUCUACAAGAAGUUGGACUUGGCUGAUGCUUGGGGCUGCAGGGCAGGGGCUGGUUUGCCCUCUGAUAAACCAAUGACCCUCAUGCUCUGGUAGAUAGCAGACUCUGCCUGCAAGCAGUCUCUACAUGCUCACUGUGUGAGCUAGGGGGACAGGCAGUGAUGCUGCUGAGUCCCUCCAGGCCUUGGGCUCCAUGGUAAUCUCCGCAUCAAACCACCCUGGAGAGAAGCUGCCCCUGUUGCAAACCAGACUCCUGGAAUCAGCUGCAGGCAGAAAGGAACUGCAGUGCAUAUCCUGUGUCAUACAUGACUCUUGCCUGCUCCAGCUUCUGUCAGGCCAGCUGCAGCCCCUGUUCAAAGAAGCUUUGUCUAUGUGAAGGCUUUUAACAGUCUGUCUACAGGAUGGUGGGCCUUGAGGUCCUACUGCCACCUGGUGGUAGAAAGAGGUAGGGCAACUGGUCCACCAAAGUCCCAUGUCUUUUGACCUCUCAAAACCCAAGGUUUGGUUAAACCGUUUAUCCAAGAAAAAUCCAGUUAAGAUAAUCCUAUGGGAAACCCUGCAUAGGGCAAUGAAAUCUGGACUGGAGCAUUUCAGCACUUGCCUGUCUGUGAAGGUGCAAAGAAGGGCUAUAGGUUGUUCAGGCUAGGGAGUCUCCAGCUUUUUUUUUUUUUUAAACCAGCAUUUGGGGGCCUCUUGUGACCACCUUAUUAGUACACACCCCAGGAACACCGUUCUUGAACUUAAUGACUAAGGCUGCAGAAAGUCAUUUUACCCAGUGAUGUUCCUCAGGGAGUCCACAGUUGGCGGGAGCAGACAUGACACCCUCUGGUGAGUGAGCACCAUUGGCCUGCCCCAUGUUAGGUAGGGUCAGUCAGGUUUGGUUGGACCUCGGAUCCUCAGCAAUGGAUCUGAGUGUUCAAGGCCCACUUUGGGAAGAUAGAUCUCAAAGUGUUUGGGAUUAAUAAGUUGAACUUUUGUAUAAACGUGGUGUUUUGCCAAGUCUUGGGUGUGAGAAGGCUGUCAUAAGCAGGGUUACAGCUGUUUCUUCCUGUUUACCACAAACUGGCUGAGCUGGUUCAGUAGGGACAUUAGAAGGGCUGAGCUGGGCGGGGUGUUGGUAGCGCACGCCUUUAAUCCCAGCACAUGGGAGGCAGAGGCAGGCGGAUCUCUGUGAGUUUGAUGCCAGCCUGAUCUACAGAGCUAGUUCCAGGACAGGCUCUAAAGCUGCACAGAGAAACCUGUCCUCAAAACAAAACAAAACAAGAAAAGAAAAGAGAAAAAGGGCUGAGCUGAGCAUCCUAACCUAGGAAGCUAGAAAGCCUGUGCCUUCCACUCCCAGCCGAAACAAAAUGUCUCUAACCUAGUCUUCAGCUCUAUAGCUGGGGACCCUGAGGUCAGAGGAGGCUGUGAACUAAUCAAGAGCAUAUGCUAUAGGUCCUGACCCUGUGUCCUGAUCAAAAGGUCUGAACCUUGUACUUUUUUUGAGAGAGAGAGAGAGAGAGAGUCUCUGUUAUGUAGCUCUGGCUGUCCUGGAACUCGACACGUAAACCAGACUUGAGUUGAGCCCACAGAGAUCCACCUGCCUCCUCCUUCCGGAGUGCUGGAGUUAAGGCUUCUGCCCCAUAUGACUGAACUUUGUACAUUUUAUCCAAGCCACUUGUGUGUGCUUCGUAGACCACCAUCAUUUGAACCAACCAUACGAUCCCAACUGCCCUCCUAGAGAAGCAUUUUAAUAAAAGACAUUUAAAAA